AUGGAACUUAGUUUUGUUGCAGUUCUUGUUUCAAUCACUUUGUUCCUCUUUUUUGAUGCCUACUUAUGCACCGCUGCUACUCCCAUUUACUCUUCAAGGCUGAUUCACAGGUUUUCUGACGAAGCGCAGCAGCUUUGGGUGUCGAAAGGGAAGAGCAAUGGAAAAAGUAAUACCCAAGGGGCGUGGCCGGAGAAAAAGAGCUUGGACCAUAUGAGAUUGCUGUUGGGAGGUGAUUUGAAGCGGCAGAGGCUCAGGCUUGGGACCCAGAAUGAGCUUUUGGUUCCUUUUCAAGGCGGCCAAACUUAUAAUUAUGGCAAUGACUUGGGUUGGUUGCAUUAUACAUGGAUUGAUGUGGGGACGCCAAACACUUCUUUCCUUGUCGCAUUGGAUACUGGAAGUGAUUUGUUUUGGGUUCCUUGUGAUUGCGUACAAUGUGCUUCACUUUCUUUAAGUCACUACUCCAUGUUGGAUAGAGAUCUGAGUCAGUAUAGUCCAUCCCGCUCGAGCACUAGCAAGCAGUUACCUUGCAGCCAUGAGUUGUGCGACCAUGGGCCCAAUUGCAAAAACCCAAAGGAGCACUGUCCUUAUACUGUUAAAUAUUUAUCAGAAGAUACUUCAAGCUCAGGAUUUCUGUAUGAGGAUCAGAUACAUUUGGCCUCUGUGGGAGGGAACAAACAACCAAGUACUGCCCAGGCUCCUGUAAUCUUAGGCUGUGGUAGCAAACAAAGUGGUUAUUAUUUGGAAGGAAUUGCCCCUGACGGUCUCAUGGGAUUGGGGCCUGGGGGCAUUUCUGUUCCUAGUUUGCUUGCAAAAUCGGGACUUGUUCCACUUUCAUUCUCAUUUUGCUAUGACAAGAGCUAUUCUGGGAGACUGUUCUUUGGGGAUCAAGGGCCUACAUCUCAAAGAUCUACUCCAUUAUUACCAUUGAAAGGAAAAUCGGUUACCUAUAUUGUUGAAGUGGAGAGUUACUGUGUUGCGAAUUCCUGUCUAAAGAUAACUCAAUUCAAAGCACAAGUAGAUACUGGGUCAUCAUUCACAUAUCUUCCACAUGAGACGUAUGAACAAGUUGUUGCUGAGUUUGACAAACAAGUUAAUACUAAAAGGAUUACAGCACAAGGAUUUGACUACUGUUACAAGGCUCGUUCGCUAAAAUUACCCAGCAUGAAACUUGUUUUUUCCAUGAACCAAAGCUUUGUAAUUGAAAAUCCCAUGUUCCAGGUUGCUGACAAUCAGGGAGACUUAAGUUGCUUAGGCGUACAUCCUAUGGACGGGGAUAUUGGUAUCAUUGGACAAAACUUCCUGAUGGGUUACCGCAUGGUUUUUGAUUGGGAGAAGUUGAAGCUGGGUUGGUCUAAUUCGAACUGUCAAGACAUUGGUGACAGCCAGGAAGUCCACCCGACACCUCCCCCAAGUGGUGCGUCGCCAAAAUCUUUGCCAAUAAUCCAACAACAGCACCCCGCCAGUGGGCACGCUGUGCCACCUGCUGUUGCUGGUCGAGCUCCUCCAAAGCCCUCUGCAGCCUCUCCUCUUUCCUCGCUGCAUCAUUAUGGCAUUACAAGUCUGCUUCUUCCUUCAAGACAACAAAAGGAAAACUCUCUUCACAUUUCUCUCUAUAACUCUACAAAAAUCAAGAAAGAAAAGCUUCUUCAAGUUUUACCUGCCAAAAAGUUUUCAGACAGAACAAAGAAGAAGAUGGGGGUUUCAGGCACUAUGGAGUACUUGUCUGAUCUGCUUACAAGUGCUAAAAAGGGUAAGAAAAGGAAGCAGAUGAACACUGUAUCUCUCAAAGUAAGAAUGGAUUGUGAAGGCUGUGUACAUAAAGUCAAGAAAGCUCUCUCAGCAGUGAAAGGCGCGAAAUCUGUGGAGAUCGACUUGAAGAACCAGAAGGUAUCAGUGACUGGUUUUGUUGAUCCAAAGAAGGUGCUGAAGGCUGCUAAAGCAACUGGGAAAAAAUCUGAGCCAUGGCCAUAUGUGCCAUACACAAUGAUAGCUCACCCUUAUGUUGCUGGAGUUUAUGACAAAAAGGCACCUCCAAAUUUUGUUAGAGGCACUAAUGAUCCAGCCAUUGUCACUCUUAAUCCAGUUGAAGAACAGUACACACUCAUGUUUAGUGAUGAUAAUCCUAAUGCAUGCUCUGUCAUUAGUGGUUGUAGUGGUGAGGGGGUCGUGGUGUUAGAGGUGAUUCUGCCUUUUGAAGCUGAUCGUGGGUGGUUGCUGAGAUGGAGGUGGCUCGGAAAGUCAAGGGUCCCCACUGCACAGCAGCGACCAGAGGUGGCAUCGGUGGUGAACACACCUGGUAGCUACGACGAUCUGAGGGAGAGCGUAGAGAAAGACGAGAGUCCCUCACCUCAGAUCACUUCGAGAGCUGCUAAAGAAAACAAAUUUGUAUUAAACAAAGAUGAGAGGUUGGGGAAUGGAACAGUUAGGUAUGCUGAAUCAGUUGUGAAUUCCAGCACUAUUGCAGCCAUUGUGACCUCGCUUUGUGGACCACCUGCUGCGGUGGGAAUAGUCCGGUUAUCAGGCCCGUCUGCAGUAUCCAUUGUCGGGCGUGUGUUUCGACAAGCUUCGGAAAAGAAGAGAAGAAGGCCUGACUGGCGGCCAGUUAGCCAUGUUGUGGAGUAUGGUGUGGUUGUGGAUUCUCACGGGAAUGUUAUUGAUGAGGUGUUGGUGGUUCCCAUGUUGGGCCCAAAAUCAUACACUCGUGAAGAUGUGGUUGAGCUUCAGUGUCAUGGUAGUGAAGUAUGCCUACGUCGCGUUUUGAGGGCUUGCCUAGAUGCUGGGGCAAGGAUUGCGGAACCAGGCGAGUUCACACUCCGUGCUUUUCUAAAUGGUCGUUUGGAUCUCUCACAAGCUGAGAAUGUGGGCAAACUUAUAUCAGCUAAAUCAGUGGCUGCUGCAGAUUCAGCAUUGGCAGGAAUGCAGGGUGGCUUCUCUUCUUUAGUGAAAUCGUUAAGAGCUCAGUGCAUUGAGUUGCUUACAGAGAUCGAAGCUCGUCUGGAUUUUGAUGAUGAGAUGCCUCCCCUUGAGUUGAACCUAGUUAUAGAUAAGAUACAAGGGAUGUUGCAAGAGGUGGAUAAUGCUUUGGAAACUGCCAAUUAUGACAAGCUUCUUCAAUCUGGAUUACAGAUAGCAAUUGUUGGCCGACCAAAUGUUGGGAAGUCGAGCCUGCUUAAUGCGUGGAGCAAAAGUGAGAAGGCAAUAGUCACAGAUAUUGCUGGUACAACACGUGAUAUAGUAGAAGCGAAUAUUUCUGUUGGUGGCAUUCCUGUUACGCUCCUUGAUACAGCAGGUAUCAGGGAUACUGACGACAUAGUGGAGAAAAUCGGCGUGGAAAGGUCUGAAGCAGUUGCUACAAGUGCUGAUGUCAUUGUAAUGACUGUAAGUGCAACAGAGGGAUGGACUUCUGAGGAUGAAAAACUUCUUGAGAGGAUUCAAAGCAAUAAGAGUGGAUCUUCAUCGACUCCAGUAAUUCUUGUGAUCAAUAAGAUAGACUGUGCUCCAUCUUCUUCUUGUGAUUGGGUUAAUACACUUUCCAGCUCUUUCAACAAGCAUGUUUUUACCUGUGCUUUGAGUGGUCAAGGGAUUCCAGAUUUAGAUGCUGCGAUAAUAGAGCUCGUAGGCCUAAAUACGAUCCCUACCGGGGGUCGCAAAUGGGCAGUGAACCAGAGACAAUGUGAGCAGCUGGUUCGAACAAGGGAAGCUUUCAUAAGGUUGAAGUCAUCAAUUAACGAAGAGAUACCCUUCGAUUUUUGGACAAUUGACCUAAGAGAAGCUGCUUUGGCGCUCGGGCAAAUAAGUGGAGAAGAUAUUUCUGAAGAAGUAUUGUCCAACAUAUUCGGUAAAUUCUGCAUUGGCAAAUAG